UCGAUAAAAUGUAGCAUGAGCCUGGCCAUGUGCUGCUGUAGCACAGCAGCCUUCGGGGUUUGCCCGUUGCCUUUGAGAAGGGCACAUGCAAAACCCCCCCAGCCAAAGAGGCCUGGCGGUGGCCGACAGCCUUCCUUUGGCCGUGUGCUCUGUGGGGUAUCUGUGCCAACCACCUUUCUGACGGGCAAUCCUUUCUUGUCCCAGCUCUCUCUUGACGCGCGCUCUGCCGUUCAACGUGCCGCUGCACCGGCGCGGUCUGCAGCAGCCAGCACUCCCCCACAUGCCAGCACUUCGUCCAGCAGCCCAGCCCAGCAGCUGGAGAUGAGAGAGGAGCAGAGCCUGAGGAGACUGAGGAGCAUUGUGAGUCUGGGCGAGCCGAGGAGGAAAUACUCGGCGUUUGAAGAACUCGGACGAGGGGGUUUUGGAGCUGUUUAUAAAGCCCUCGACGCCAGCACAGGACAACAGGUGGCCAUCAAGAAAAUGGCGCUUCAAGAGGAGAUGUCCGAGGAGCUGGCUGUCAAUGAAAUCGUGGUCAUGAGGGACAGUAGGAACCCCAAUAUUGUUACCUACUUAGACAGCUACCUGGUCGACGGGGAGCUCUGGCUGGCGAUGGAGUUCAUGGACGGCGGCACGUUGUAUGAUGUACUCGGGGCAGUGUACCUCGAGGAAGGACAGAUAGGCGCUGUCUGUCGGGAGUGCCUGCAAGGACUGCAUUUCCUUCAUUCCCGCCGAGUCAUCCACAGAGACGUCAAAAGCUGCAACAUUCUUGUGAGCAUGGACGGAUCUGUGAAAUUGGCUGACUUUGGCCUCUGUGCUCAGCUCACCCCUGAGCGCGACAAGUGCAGCUCCAGCGUCGGCACUCCCAGCUGGAUGGCGCCGGAAGUCGUGAGAGGAGAAGCCUACGGCCCCAAAGUGGACAUCUGGUCACUGGGGAUCGUGGGGCUGGAAAUGGUGGAAGGGGAAGCUCCUUACCAGAGGGAACCCCGUCUCAGGCUAAGGUAG